UCCCCGCGCAGGUCCCGACUCCAGCCGCACCUCCUCCGGCUCUGCAGUGGCGGCGAGGAGGCGAGCCGGAGCGACUGCGGGGCUGGGGCCGGAGCCGAGCCGGGGUCGGGCAGCAGCAGGGACCCCCCAGAGGCGGGGCCUGUGGGACCGCUAUGGGCGUGGAGAUCGAGACCAUCUCCCCCGGAGACGGAAGGACAUUCCCCAAGAAGGGCCAAACGUGUGUGGUGCACUACACAGGAAUGCUCCAAAAUGGGAAGAAGUUUGAUUCAUCCAGAGACAGAAACAAACCUUUCAAGUUCAGAAUUGGCAAACAGGAAGUCAUCAAAGGUUUUGAAGAGGGUGCAGCCCAGGUAGGAAGUGCUCUAAGGACCACACAAGCCAGGUGCCCUUGGGAAAGAGUGGAAAGAAAGGAGGGUUCCAAGUGGCUAGAAAUCCUGGCUGUAUUCCUUUGCUGAGGGUGGAGGAGCUAAUGAAGAAGCAGUGCUUUAGGAUGGAGAAAACGAGAGAAAGGAACUGCCUUGCAUUUUAGUCACCAAAGUCCCUGUGCUCACCUCUAUUGUGAGACUAGACCAGCCAGAGGGUAUUUCCUUCAGAAUGUCUUGGUUCCUGGCUUUCUUUGAUGACCCAAAUGCCUACAAUAAUUUCUCAGAAGUCAGCCUGCAUAAAAGACAUACGCAUAUUUUCUGCUGUGACACAAAUAAGAUAACAAAAGAUGGCAUCAAGGACUAUUUCAGGUGCCCACUAUGGGGCAUAUAAAAGAUCUUGGUCUAGAGUAUUUAUAACUGAGGUGGGUCAAAGGAGACACCCACUAAAAGAACUCCCCCAAAGUGCAAACACAUACUGGCUAGCACCUGGAGAGGACAGGUGAGGCUCUGCAGGUAAACUGGGAAAUGAACCAUUUUACUGGAGCUCUUAAAAGAUGAUGCAGAAAAUCAUGAUGCAGUAUACUAAUGAGCCUGGACAUUGGCCUGUGAGAGCCACUGAAGUUGUUAAACAGAAGAGCAAUAAUAAGAUCAAGGUCACAUCAGUUGUUUUCAGACUUUCAGUCAAUGAAUUCUCUAUUCCUACAAAUUUUUUUCUUAGAAACUCAAAAAUUUAACCUAGAUGAAAGUAAAGCAGCUCUGGCACAUGUGUGUGCACAUAUAAACACAGUCAUCUGUUGCACUCUUAAAAGCAUUUGAAAAAUUGAGCUUUGGAUGCCUUGCACAGAGGACCGAUCAUAAUUAUAUCCUCAGCAUCUUGGUACAGUACUGUGUGCAGAGUGGGGGUCAGUGUUUGUCCACUGAGUGCAAGUUCUUGUAACUUAAUUGCGACAGGAUAUGGAAUUUCCAAACAAUUAGAGGGAAGUUUUAAAAGUCUUAACCUUAGGUCAUGAAAUUCAGCUAACAGAUAUAUCAAUCCAAAUGAUGGACUGGUCAUGAUUGCUAAUAGAAGGAAUUUCUCCUUGUUAUUAAAACAACUACACCAGAGGCAAGCUAGCCUGCCACUUAGACAAAUCACGCUCUAAGUUUUAAAGUCUAAUUUCAGUUUUUCUCUUACAAGAAAGUCUUUUAGAAAAUUCUUUUUACAUUACCUAAAGGCACACCAUGCAUUACAAAAACUAAUAAUGCAUUCAUAAAAGCAUUCAAAAGAAAAUUACAGCCGUAGCUCCUUUCUUAUCUUCCCACCCUUAGAAAUGACUCUACUCUCUUACACUGCUUUCAAAAAACACUCAGAUAUAAUUAAAAGCAGAAUUGAUGCUCUUUGUACAUUGAAGUGAUUCAGUGUAUGUACCUUCAAAUUGAUUUUAGGUUCCAAUCACACACAAAACAAUUAGUCCAUGUUUUUCCAUUUGGUCCAUGCCUAAGCAAUAAAAAGCAAAUUACGGCUAUAUUCUCCCAAGCUGCCAUGAUGAUGAAUGGGGUAAUAACCAUACUGUUUCCAUGUCAUGGGAACUCAUGAUAAUAAGAAUGAGCAUUAAGUAUUUAUGGCAAAGAUAUAUUAUGAGCUAAGGUCCAAUAUACCUACAGAUACUUAAUAACUAAAGGAAAAGUCUACAUAAAUACAAUCUUAGACAUGUAACAAACAACGCCACUACCCAAGCAGCUUGCUCUCAAAUUUCUACCAAUGUGACAAUUAUUAUGUACCCAUAAUAAUUAAAAAACAAUUUAAAGAGGCAAA